ACCUCAUCCCUCCGCCUUUUCAUGAGACUCUUCCAAACCUACGUACCUGUCCUUCUGCAGGAUAGUAGCCCUGCCCUGAACCCGAUCCCACCAGCGGGCGCUGGGAAGAGUUUAGCAUAAGGAUUUCUUUUAAAGCCCAAUAUGACAGUUGCUACUGGAGAUCCUGCAGAUGAAGCUGCAGCUCUUCCCGGUCACCCGCAGGACACGUACAACCCCGAGACGGACCAUGAGUGCUGCGAGAGGGUGGUCAUUAACAUCUCGGGGCUGCGCUUCGAGACGCAGCUCAAGACGCUUGCCCAGUUUCCAGAGACCUUGCUAGGGGACCCUAAAAAGAGGAUGAGGUAUUUCGACCCUCUCCGCAACGAGUAUUUCUUUGACCGGAACAGACCCAGCUUCGACGCGAUUUUGUACUAUUACCAGUCCGGGGGGAGGUUGCGGCGGCCCGUUAACGUGCCCUUAGACAUCUUCUCCGAAGAGAUCCGCUUCUACGAACUGGGGGAAGAGGCCAUGGAGAUGUUUCGGGAGGAUGAAGGCUACAUCAAGGAAGAGGAGAGGCCGCUGCCUGAGAACGAGUUUCAGAGACAAGUGUGGUUGCUCUUUGAGUACCCYGAGAGCUCAGGCCCUGCCAGGAUUAUAGCUAUCGUCUCCGUCAUGGUGAUUUUAAUCUCCAUCGUCAGCUUCUGCUUGGAAACCUUGCCCAUUUUUCGGGAUGAGAACGAAGACAUGCACGGCAGCGGGCUGAGCCAUCCCACCUACUCCAACAGCAGCAUGGGCUACCAGCAGUCCACCUCUUUCACAGACCCCUUCUUCAUCGUGGAGACACUUUGCAUCAUCUGGUUCUCCUUYGAGUUCUUGGUGAGGUUUUUCGCCUGCCCCAGCAAGGCUGGUUUUUUUACCAACAUCAUGAACAUUAUAGACAUCGUAGCCAUCAUCCCCUACUUCAUCACCUUAGGGACRGAGCUGGCCGAGAAGCCAGAGGAUGGUCAGCAGGGCCAGCAGGCCAUGUCCUUGGCCAUCCUCAGAGUCAUCCGCUUGGUGCGGGUCUUCAGGAUCUUCAAGCUCUCCCGGCACUCCAAGGGGCUGCAGAUCCUGGGCCAGACUCUCAAGGCCAGCAUGMGGGAGCUGGGCCUCUUGAUAUUUUUCCUCUUCAUCGGCGUCAUCCUCUUCUCCAGCGCCGUCUACUUCGCCGAGGCCGACGAGAGCGAGUCCCAGUUCCCGAGCAUCCCCGAUGCCUUCUGGUGGGCYGUGGUUUCCAUGACGACUGUUGGCUACGGAGACAUGGUCCCCACGACCAUCGGGGGGAAAAUAGUGGGUUCCUUGUGUGCCAUCGCUGGCGUAUUAACGAUUGCCUUACCAGUGCCCGUCAUAGUGUCUAACUUCAAUUACUUCUACCACCGGGAGACCGAGGGAGAGGAGCAGGCUCAAUAUUUGCAAGUAACCAGCUGCCCAAAGAUCCCCUCUUCCCCUGACCUAAAGAAAAGCAGAAGUGCCUCUACUAUUAGUAAGUCUGAUUAUAUGGAGAUCCAGGAAGGUGUAAACAAUAGCAAUGAGGAUUUCAGGGAGGAGAACUUGAAGACAGCCAAUUGCACCCUAGCUAACACAAACUAUGUGAAUAUCACCAAAAUGCUAACCGAUGUCUAGUCGCUAAAAUCUAGUCCCGUAUUUAAAGCUGAAGUGGAACAAUUGCAGAUAUUGAGUGCUGCUCUGCAUUGUAGUUAAUACAGUAUUUUCUACGGUGUAUAUUUGGUUCUGCAUGGGAAGCAAUAGCUGUGUAAGUGACUUUUAACCUUUGAUUUCCACACCGAAUAAGCAUCCGUGCAAAAACAAAAAAACCCCRACAAACCCAAACCAUUUUGCUGCCCUUCUCCCGUCCCAGGCUUUGCGGGUUUCCAAAGACACCGAGGGGAUGGGCGCUUGGAGUAACGGGAUGGGGAUGCUCUGGGCAGCUCCGGGCCACCCCGGCGUGCCACGGAUCCCAGUCCCUGGCCCGGGUGACAGCCAGCUUCCAGGCAGGGGGAACAGCUGGGAAAGGUCAGGCAGAACUUCCUGAAGGGCCGCUGCAGGCGCGGGGCUGGAGGGCUCGGGUUGCUGCCCCGGGAAAGCCGAGCGCGAGCGCGUCGCCCGGCUCGUGUUUCAUAACUGAAAAUGCUGCAUGCUGCAAUAGUUUCAGCCACUGCAGUGUGCCAGUGUGAGGCCCAGGGGAGGGAUAAUUAGUGUGACGGCACAUUAUUUAUUAAGUCUUAAAUUUUCUAUGCCAGGCAUCGGGAGGGACGAGUAAAUAAAUCAAGAGCUUGGAAUUUAUUUAUUUAUUUAGAUGACACUUCCAUCAUCAAUAUUUCCAGGAUCACCAAAGACACCUCCACUGACACAUUGAAAAUGAGUUGGAAAAAGCAUCUUUUUUUAUAUCUAUAUAUAAAACUGGAGCAACUAUGCUGUGGCCUAUAAUAUAUUUAUACUGCAGUGAAAUUUAACCGGUAAUACAGUACAGCUGCAUGGAUAUUUGUUGCAUGAAUCUGAAUAUUUAAUACACACACAAAUAUCUAUUUUCUUAGUAGACUAUACAGUAUUCAUGUUUAUAGUGUUUAUAGAUUCUCCGGUGGCUCGAAGGAGAUUCAUGGGAGUUUAAAAAAAAAAUCUCCAUUGUAGUUAAAAACCGGAUGGGGAAGGCGUGUGCUGACAACAGUUGGAUAGAAAAAAAGGCAAAGCCUGAGAGAUAACGAGGCAAAGCCUGAGUGUCCGAGCAUCCAGACACAAGAGCCGACCAAUGCGAGCCAGGGAAGGUGAGCUGAAAGUUAAACACCUGCGCUCAUUAUGGGGCGAGUAAUUAGUCAUUAAUCCUGGUGUCGGGAGCAGAAACCACGGCAGAUCAGAGAGGGCACGAGGAGCAGGUGGAAGAGCGGGUUCUGGCUCUCCUGGCUUGUUUGUUCAGCAGUUUUCAGCCGUUCCCGCAGAAUUCCCGUGUGUGUGUGUGUGUAUAGAUAUUUAGAGAGCGACUGCAGGGCCGAAUCCUCAGCAAACAGAGCGCUCAGGGCAUCGAGGGCUUCCUGGCUCAGGGGUGCUGAGAUGGUGGGACACUGGUUGGAGCAGGGUGACCUGCCCCUGGAGCCCAGGGGAUCGCCAGGGCAAGGUGUGUUUUGGGCUUGAAAGCUCCUUUUGAGUCCCAGGGCUGGGGGUUUAUUCCUUUAUGAUGGAUGAGGUGGGCUGGAGCUGAGCUGGUGUUUCUGAGCCUUUGCUUUGUCUUCUUCCAGGGUUUUUAAGAGCGGUGGGUCAAGGUGCAGAGAGCCUGAGGUUCUCUUUGCUUCCUCUCCACCCUCAGCGUUGUUUGGGGACAGUGGGGGUGUUGAAYAGUGGGGAAUCUCACCUGCUUUCCCAUCCCCGUGUGGGUUCCGUGUGUUUUCCCCAUUGCUGGCCAUCCCCAGGGACAGGAGCUCUGUUCCCCUGCCAGGUCAGGGCAGAGGGGAGGAAAUCUCUGCCAAGGUCACGGUGGAGCAAAGCCUCCCUGGGCUGUGGAACAGGGUUCAGCUGGGGUGAAUUUGAGCUGAACUGGGGCAUGAUCAGCCCUGAAUCAUUGCACGAAGUGUGGGCACAAGGAGCUCGGGGAGGGGUCAGCCAGACCCUUUCUUCCUUCCUCAGAGAGGGAACCCCUGCUCCUGACAAAAAACAGGUGCUAAAAUAUCUACAGCAAUGGCUCCAAAUGCUGCUCCAGGGCUGGAUCCAUCUCAGGCUGAUGGGGCUCUGCUCGGCCGGGUGGAAUCCCUCCUCGGUUUUAUUGGAUUGAUUGAUUGAUUGAUUGAUUGAUUGAUUGAUUGAUUGAUAGAUUGAUUGACUAAUUGAGGCCUGGCUAUAAUUAAUUGCAAGUGUCCAUGGUUUGUGCAUGGCAGUCCUCACUUCUCUGUGGGGCAGAAGACCAGCAGCACCCAUGUGCUGGGGCUCAGGGGUGCUGGGGUUCAGGGGUUCWCAGGUCCCCAUCUUUCUUUAAUGGGAUUUUGUUUUAUUGGGAUCCCUCUGCUCCCACUCUGCGGCAGCAGCUCGGGAAUGRGAGCCCCUGAAACCCCUCCAGGCGCACACACAAAAAGCCAACACAACCAAAAGCAAUAAAUCCCGACUUGUGAAGCUCGUCCUGUUGGACGGGAYGGGGCUGGCGAGAGUCGCUGGCUCRGGCACGAUUCCCGGAGCAGCCAGCCAAAUUCCAUGGAUCCGGCUGCUGGUGGGUCCGCGGGGACAGGAGCUGGCAGGGGGAGCUGUCUGAGGUGCUGGGAUGAUGCUCGCCCAUCUCUGAGCACCCUGUGAUCCCAUUCCUAGCUGGGUUUGAGGUGUUUUUCUGGUGUUUUCGCUGCAGCUGUUUCAGAGGCGAGACUUUGCCGAGUGUCCGGUUUUUUGUGGUCUUGGCGUGGUUUGGGCGAGUGCUGGCCAAAGUAUCGGGCGUGUGAUGGGUGCUGUCGGGGUGUGGAGAGGAGGAAUGUGGGGUUUUCCUUUGGAGAGGAGAGGUUUGGGGCACUGUGGGCUUUCCAAGGCCAGGCAGGAGGGGAGAGCAGAUCCAUGAGCGGGAUCCCAACAUCC